AAGAAAAUGGCGGCGAAGCAAAUGGAAGAGGUACAGAGAAAACUAGCGAUGCUGAAUUAUCCUCGAGCCAAUGCUCCUGCUCAGUCUCUCCUCUUCGCCGGCAUGGAGCGUUACGCUCUCCUCGAAUGGCUCUUCUUCAAGUGCUUACGUAAAUGUGUUGAAUUGAGAAUUAUGUGAAUGUAUGAAUCAAGAUUGCGGCUUCGUUGUCAUUUGAUAUGAGUUUGUGUUUGAAUUGUUCACUAAUUGGACUAUUAGGGGAUAAAUCACCCUUCUCACAGCAAAAUUUACAAGGAGAUGCUAUGGAUCGUGAUGAAGAGACUGCUCGGAUUCAAUAUUUGGCAGAGAUUGCUAAGUUUCUCGGUAUCACUACAACUAUUGACACAGAAGCUAUCCAAGGGCGUGGAAGUUAUGAGGAUCGAACUGAAAUGCUUCAGCUAAUAGUAGAUCUUGUGGAGGCGAGCAUAUAUGCUGAUAAUCCAGAAUGGAGUGUUGAUGAGCAGGUGGCAAAAGACAUACAGUUAAUAGAUUCUAUUGCAGAAAAACAGUCUCUAAUUUUCUCAGAGGAAUGCAAGUUGUUCCCUGCAGAUGUGCAGAUUCAAUCUAUAUAUCCAUUACCUGAUGUAUCUGAGCUGGAAACAAAACUUUCAGAGCAAUCAAAGAUACUAUUGAAUCUUCAGCAGAAAGUUGAUGAUUUGGCAUCAAAGCAUGCUUACAAUCCAGAUGAGGAAUAUACAGAGGUGGAAUCCCAACUGCGGUCACAUUUGGAAUCUUUUCUAGAAACUGCAAGACAAUUCAAUGUGAUUUACACCAAGGAAAUUCGCCCAUGGACACACAUGAUGGAGGUGCCACAACUUCAUGGGUUUGGGCCAGCUGCUAAUCGCUUGUUGGAGGCAUACAAGAUGCUUUUGAAGUUUUUGGGGAACUUGAGGAAUCUCAGAGAUUCACAUGCAGCUCUGUCUGUUGGUUCCUCUGAAACAAUAGCUGGUGAACCCUCUUCAGUUACAAGAAUAAUUUCAGAGUGUGAGUCUGCAUUGACUUUCUUAAAUCGUGAUCUUGGAAUCCUGUCAGCUUCAAUUGCACGUGAGCGAGGUAAUGAUGCAACUCUAUGAUGAAUGCAGUACAAGAUAGGCACUUACCAACAUGAUCUCUUGACUCUUAUUAUGGACACAUUGCUAGUGGAUUAUUUUUAUGCUGUAUAAAGGUUGAUUGAAUUGAACGUCUUGUAAAAACUAUUCUUUGAGAGAGUGGUGUGUUCACUGCAAACUUCAGGAUUGUAUGGUCCCUUAAUCAAAAGCACGUUAACUGUCAAA